AAUUUCAGAAAGUAAUAAUGACAUGUCUGAAAGUGAAUAUAGUAAUGAGGAUUUAGAUUAUGAACAACCUAGUGAAAAGUUUUUAUUUUUCCCCAACCUCGAAGACGAAUAUGAAGAAUAUAUUGACGAGGAAGAAUGUAUUGACGAGGAACGUGAAGAAGAUAAUAAUGAAGACACCUAUAACGACGAUAAUACAGAAGAACAAUCUAUCGAGGAACCGAUGGCAGAGGAGAAACUAAAGAAUUAA